GUAGAUGUCCGUUAAGCGCCACGACUUAUGUUGCUGAGUGGGAUGUAUGUUUCUUAAUUUAAGUAUGGCUAUGCAUAAUUAAAAUAAUUGAUAUCGAUUCUUAUGAAGCCUGAAUAAUCACGCUUCAGACAAAGUUAGAGCUCAUUAAUGACGAAAACAUAUGUCCCAAUCAGAGUGUGAUAUGUAGAAGUGAUGUCUGUUACAUUUCUAUUUGUAACUAGUAUGUAGUAUGCAUUACUUAGUUCCAUGGAUGCUUUAAGAGCUACACUGGAUAGUACUGAUGGUCAAGUGGCUACUGUUAGUCGUACCAGUUCCCCACCUCCUUUGGAUCUUAUCAGUCCUCCACCGAUUGUUGCUGAAUAUUGGUGUCAUACACAAGUACGCGUCACCAAGAUGAAAUAUGUUUGGACAAUAAGCAACUUUAGUUUUUGUCGUGAAGAAAUGGGAGAAGUAGUAAAAAGUUCAUUUUUCUCUUGUGGUCCGAAUGAUAAAUUGAAAUGGUGUUUAAGAAUCAAUCCAAAAGGCUUAGAUGAAGAAAGUAGAGAAUACUUAUCACUCUACCUUUUACUGGUCAAUUGUGGUACAAAAAGUGAAGCUAGAGCCAAGUUUAAAUUUUCAAUAUUAAAUGCUAAACGUGAAGAGACAAAAGCAAUGGAAAGUCAACGUGCCUAUAGAUUUGUUCAAGGCAAAGAUUGGGGUUUUAAGAAGUUUAUUCGUCGAGAUGUUUUAAUGGAUGAAGCCAAUGGUUUACUACCUAACGAUCGAUUAACAAUUUUAUGUGAGGUUUCCGUUGUUGGUGAAACUCUCUCCGAAAGUGGUCAAGUUAACAAUCAACCAAUUACUGUACCAGAGUGUAAUUUACACGAAGAUAUUGGCAGUCUGUUAUUUAAACAACUCCUUACUGAUGUCACAUUAGUUGUUGUGUCCAAUAAUAAUCAUAAUCAUAAUAAUACUAAUAACCAAUCGAAUGGAAAAUCACCAAGUGUUUGUGGCGGUCAUAACGCUACUACUCCAUUGCCUAGCUUGAAUUCUGUCAGUGAACAACAGGUGAGCACCAAAUUCUCCACAGCUUAUGAAUCCACCGGUGAAGAAGAAGAUGAUGAUGAUGAUGGCGAUGGCGAAGAGGAUGACCAAGAGGAGGAGCUGGAUGAAGGUGAAGAGUUCGAGGAUGAUGAUGACGAGGAGCAGGAAGAGGAUGAAGAUGGCCAAGAUGAUGGGGAGGAUAAUGAUGAUGAGACUGGGACUGGUCGUGGUGGUGGUGAACAUCAGGGGAAUGACAGUGAGCGUGAAGAAGAGACACAGUCAAGUUAUAGAGAAUCACAGUUAGUAUAUUUUGUCGAUGGCAGUAAUCAUCUAACGUCGAAUGGUGGUGGUGGUGGUGGUAGUAGCGGUAGUAAUACUGAACAGGGUGAAGCAGAGGCUGCCGCUUCUGCUGCCACAGCAACAGGAACUCAUCAUCGAAUAUCAAACACUGGAGAUAAUCAUGCUUCUAGCACAUCGUCUCAUCCUACUCACCAUCCUGGACAUGUAAUGUCUUCUUCUUCUUCGUCGUCGACUACUACACUGACACUGGCUUCUACGACAGCUAAUGUCCCGACAAAAGGUGUAAUCAUUCCUAUUGCUUCAGCUACUCCUAGCUCACUAUUAGUUUCGUGUACUGGUGGCAGCGCCGGAGAUCCAGUCUCUGUAAAACAAUAUCCUGGAGACCAUACAAUUAACAAUGCUACAAAUAGUGACUGGCGACUGACUUCAUCGUCUUCCAAUUAUGUUUCUACUCAGGGGAACAUAAAUCGUGAUGAUCGGGAGGUGAAACCAAAUGCCAGUUGUAUUCAUAGGUCUCGCACAUCCAAUUCAGUACCUUCAACAUCCUCUGCUUUACCAACAACUACUGAUUCAUCAUCGGCGUCGUGUAGUAGUAAAGUGAAACAAACUGUUGCACACAACGCAGAUGUGGGAAGUAGCAGUACAACUACAAGCAGUACAACAAUAAGUCAAAGUAGUUCUCUUGUGAAUAAUGUCUCAACCCCUUUGAUCACAUCCAAAGAGAAACAUGAAGGCAUUGAAGAGUCUGUCGAAGCUGAGACUUCUGGCACGUCAAGCCGUGUCCGACGGAGUACUCGAAGAAGGGGUAACAAUAAUAAUAAUAAUAGUACAUCGACUACCACAACGUCAAAUCGUCCGCGUAAUCGCAACACUCGUGACUCAUCACUUUUAGCCACUGUUUCAAAAGCAGCUUCAACAACUUCAUCUCAUUCCAAUCCUGCAGCGACCCCAUCAAGUUCCACUGUAUGCCCAUUAAGUGUAACCGAUCAGACUGUAAAGUGUUCUAGUACAGGAUCUACGACUGCUGCUGGUGGUAGUAGUAGUAGUACUAGUAGUUCAACAGUUAGUGGUGUUUCAAAUUCUAGUGUUGUCCUUCGACAAUUUGAAGCACACAAAGCUAUUCUAGCUGCUAGAAGCCCGGUGUUUGCUGCAAUGUUUGAACAUGGCAUGGAAGAGUCUAGAGCUAAUCGAGUUGAAAUUACAGACAUGGAACCAGAUACUGUGGCUGAAGUUCUACGUUACAUAUAUACUGGACAAGUUGUCGGUAUGGAUCGGUUAGCGCAUGAAUUAUUAGCAGCUGCUGACAAGUAUCAGUUGGAACGGCUGAAGACAAUGUGUGAAGAAGCACUUGUAGAAAGUCUUUCAGUUGAGAAUGCUUGUGAUAUAUUUGGACUUGCUGAUAUGCACAAUGCUGAACAGUUGAAAGCUCAUACACUUGAGUUUAUAAUGCUACAUGCUCAUGAUGUCUGUGAAACUGAAGGCUAUGAACAACUGGUACGACAUCGUCCACGUCUGUUGAAUGAGUGCUUUCGUAGUCUUGCCUCACAACAACUCCCUUUAAGAUGUUGGGCACGUAAACGUCCUAGGCAAUCGUAAAUUUUGUCUCUGUUUGUGUGUGUGUUUGUGUGUACAAUAACACCAGCAGAAGAAAAGGCAUUAUGCUUCAUCAUUCUCGCCUCUCUCUCUCUCUCUCCCUCUUUCUCCUCGUUGACGUUGUCCACCAUCACACAUCUCCAUUUGUAUUAAAAAAUAUUCCUUCACUUCAGAAAUCAGAAAAAAUCACUGCCUUCUAAAUAUUAUAAUCCGCCCCCCAAACCCCGUCACGCCUCAGCCAACUACUUUCCUGGUUUCCUAUCUCCCCAUCUUUCUCUCUGUCUCUCAAGACCGCUAUCACCUUUAUUCAGUCUUUGAAGUGUGUGUAUGUGGUGUGUACCGAUUAGGUCGGUAGCUAUGUGGUAGGUACCGAUAUGUUAGCGAUAAUUCAUUUUUAUACACUUAUGCCUCUUUUUUUUUCCAUAUUUCCUCUUAUUCCCGUUUAUCACUCUCAGAUGACUGACUGACUGACUGAGUGAGUGUGAGUGAGUGAAUGAAAAGCAUUUUCUUUUUAUUCUGCCUUUAGCAGUCUUGUCUCUCUCUCGCCUUUCUAAUGAAGUAAAUAGAGAAAAUGAGUUAAAAGGGAUUUAAAAAUAUGCCAAUAUUUAAAUGUAUCAAUAAUGAUUAGUUGUUAUCGUUGGUGUGUGCUUUUGAAAUUGUUACAUCUUCCUCCCACCGUCUCUUCCUUCUCCUCUUUCCUCUUCUCAUUCCGCCUCCAGUUGUACGUAUAGCUUGUCUCUUUGUGUUUAAUCUAUUCUGCCUUGUUCCAUCCCUACUCUCUUUCUCUCUCACACUCACUUGCUCACUCACUGUGAUUAUGUAAUUGUUUAUUGUGUUCAAGUCCCUUGUCUUCAUAUUCCCUCUCUCUCUGUGUGUGUGUGUGUUUGUGUGACCGGGGAUGAUGCAUAGGUUGAUAUUUAAUUUUCCCCAAUAAUUCCAUUCUCUGAUGAUCCUUUUCUGGUCUCCUUUUGUGAAAAAUAUAUACAAAUGCAAAGGGAAAAGUGUGAUCACAUGUUUGUAUAUCUCUCCCGUUCUCCCUGUCUGUCUCACUUUCUUUCUUGCUCACGCAUACAGACACACACACACAUACACUGACCUCAUCUGUGCUCAUCUCCCUUGUCUUUUCUUCAAGUUUUAUGUUCGUUUAGAGUUCCCCUUUGUACGUUUCCUGUUUUUUCUAAAAUUUCUUUCUGUUUUUCCCUUUGUUUGGUCUUUCUUUUCUUAAUAUACACACACAUAUUGAUGUUUAUUCACACAAUUUCUACAUCUUGGUUAUGAUUACUACUAAAUAUAUAACAUGACUA